AUGUUACCAGACUCAGUGCUAGAGAUUGGGUACUCUCUUUUGGACAAGGGUGUAGUCCCCGACUUCGUGAUACGACGCGCAAUCCGCGCUUUGUUGCACCAACGUCUGCGGGACAUUGACUGUGGUUCAUUUGAGGCCAACCAUGCGGCAAAAAUGGAAUGGAUCGAAGGCGUCCGAGCUCGCGACACUAUUGCGGUCGUAACGGAGAAAGCGAACGAGCAGCAUUACGAGGUCUCGACGGAAUUUAUUCUGUCUUGCUUAGGGCCAUACGCCAAGUAUUCUUCAUGCUUAUAUCCCACUGGAAAUGAAAGCCUAGCCGAAGCUGAAACAUUGAUGUUGGAGAGCUACUGCGAGAAGGCUCAAUUGAAAGAUGGAAUGGAUAUUUUAGACCUCGGAUGUGGAUGGGGGAGUCUCUCGCUGUUCCUCGCAAAGAAAUACCCAGGUGCACGUAUAACAGGGUUGUCCAAUUCAAAGACCCAGAAGAUCCACAUCGACUCCGUGGCCAAGGAGCGUGGUUAUACCAACCUCGAGAUAAUCACCGGGGAUGUCAACACGUUCGACUUCCCUACUACCAAACGUUUCGAUCGAAUACUUUCCAUUGAGAUGUUUGAACACAUGAAGAACUACCAGGCGCUCCUCGAUAAGAUUUCCACCUGGCUCAAGCCCAAGGGGACAACGACCGACCCAGAAGACGAUGCGCUGCUGUUUAUUCACAUAUUCUGCCACCAUACUACCCCAUACCACUUCGAAGAAGGUGACGGAUGGAUGGCCCGCAAUUUCUUUUCCGGCGGAACGAUGCCGUCGCACGAUUUGUUGCUUUACUUCCAGUCCGACUUAACCUUGAUACGGAGCUGGUAUCUGCCAGGAACCCAUUACUCCCGGACACUUGAGGAUUGGCUGAAACUCCAAGAUAAGAACGGCAAAGCUGGUUUGAAGACCUUGCAGGAAGACGCAGUGGCGAAAGGUAAACAGGCAUCUGACGGCACUGCGGCUUUCCACCGAUUUAGGGUAUUUUAUAUGGCCUGCUCUGAAUUAUUCAAUAUGAAUAACGGGCAAGAAUGGGGUGUUGGUCAUUAUCUAUUCAAGGCCAAGGAUAUUUCUGCGUGA